CAUAACAUUGGACUUGUACAAUUAUAAAGUUUCUAUAAUAUGAAGUAGAUCUAACAUAUGUAUAGAUUGUUAACUUUCACACCAUCCACACAUACAAGAGGACUUGUGCAAUUCAUAUUUUAAAAACUCUCUUUAACUGGAAGUAGGAAAAUUGUACAAAUUCAGUUUCUAUAAAAAUGAACAUAUCAUUGUCACAGUCAUUGGCGACGGUAACAUUAGCUACCAUUUUCACACUUCUGGCAUCAGCAGGAUAUUUGUAUAGUAGACCAAGGAAUGCAGCUACCAAAACUAUACAAAUUGACGACGCUCGAGAAGAAGCGACAAAUAAAAUCAACGAGUUUCAGCUACAGUCAAAGAUUGCAAACUUCGUCAAGAAACAUGAACGUGAGCUGUUUUUAGCGCGGUCAGACAGGAAGACAGAGUGUGGUACUAUAGUCAGAGUGAGCAAGAUAGAUUGUAGCAUAUGUGUUCUCUUGGUUGAAGGUGUUAGUUAUAUGGUGAACAAAGGGUCGACACAGGACGAUGUCGUUAAGUUCUCCACCGAGGCAUGUAUAGACCUGAAGAUUGAGGAUGAAAAAGUGUGUCGUGCAUUCCUUGAAGAAUUUAAGGAGGAAAUAUUUACAGUGGUUUUGCGGUUGUCGUAUUCCCCGAGAGAAGUAUGCAGUCACGUGUUAGGAACUGACUGCGGAGAGCCUUAUAACCCGAACGCAAUGUGGAAUGUUACAUUUCCUGAUGUUCCCAAACCACCAGUAAUUCCGCCAUCAUUGCCAAAGCCGGAUUCCCCGAGAUUACGUAUUUUACAUCUGACAGAUUUUCACAUGGAUAAAGAUUAUAUGGAAGGAACAAACGCCGAGUGCGGAGAACCUUUGUGUUGUAGAAUACAAAAUGGACCACCAUCACCGGGGGUAACAGGCGCAGGUAAAUAUGGAGAUUUCAGGAAUUGUGACAGUGCUCCAGUUACAGUGGAGAGUUUGUUCAAACAUCUACAUUCUAUACAAGACCAGUUUGAUUACGUCAUAUUCACGGGAGAUAUUCCGCCACACAAUAUCUGGAAUCAGACGAGAUCUGACCAAACUUCCGCCAUUGACGUGUUCACAAAUUACAUGAAGACAUACCUUCCUAAGAAAAUCGUGUUUAACACCCUCGGUAAUCAUGAAAGUGCGCCUGUUGACAGUUUCCCUCCACCGUAUAUAACCGGAAAUCAAAGUGAAACAUGGUUGUACAACAACGUGGCGAAAAACUGGCUAAAUUGGUUACCAAAAGAUACGGAAACAACCAUUAAAAGGGCCGGUUAUUACUCGACGAAACCAUUUCCAGGUCUGCGAAUUAUUUCCCUUAAUAUGAACAUGUGCUGUAAUACAAAUUUGUGGUUAUAUAUCAACGCCACGGAUCCAGCUGGUAUGCUACAGUGGUUUAUAUCAGAACUUCAAGAAUCAGAGAACGCUGGUGAAAAAGUACAUGUUAUAGGACAUAUAUUCCCUGGUUGUUGGUGUUGCCUUAAACCAUGGAGUUGGAAUUAUUAUAAAAUUGUAAAUAGAUACGAAGGUACAAUAGCAGAGCAAUUCUUUGGACACACUCAUAACAUGAAAUUCCAAAUGUUUUAUGAUGGGGACACGUCGAAGCGCCCCCUGGGUAUAACCUACAUGCCCGGAAGUAUUACUACAUACUCUUACUUAAACCCCGGCUUCAGAAUCUACGAAAUCGACGGCAACUAUAAAGGCUCGUCUUGGAAAGUUCAAGACUUCACAAACUAUUUCUUAAAUGUCACCCGAGCAAAUACAUAUGGUGAAGUGGUCUGGGAGAAAGAGUAUUCGGCAAAAGAAGCAUACAAAAUGACAUCAUUAUUUCCGGGAGACUGGAAUGAUUUUCUGUAUAGGAUGAAAGCAGACGACAAUUUGUUCCAAACGUUUUGCAAGCAUUAUCACAAGUCGGCACCAAACAGCUGUAGCUCUUGUCAUGGGGAUUGUAAGACGAAUCUCCUAUGUGAAUUAAAAUCUGGACGUAAUAAUGAUCCGCACAUUUGUGAGGAUUUAUAAAAUUUGCAAAAUCAUAAUACAUGUACAUGUUAUCACAACAAUGCACCAGUCAGUUGUAACAGCGGCCUCCACAAUAAAGACAAGAGCAGCACUUGGAUAGGGACUGGGGAUAGGGGUGGAAAUGCGCAGUUUUUUUUACACAUUCCGCCUGUCUUCGCACUACGGCACCAAAGUCGGUCCUACUCGCACAUCCGGGGAUCUAAACUGGGAUUUUACUACUGACUACCCCCGCGAUGCAGGACCUUUAACAGGGAUAAGGAAAUCCCCGCAAUUCCCAGGCAAAGAGAGCCGUGGUCACAACUGAUUGCUGCAUACCUUAAAACAGUAUGCUAAUAUUUAUAAAGAACUAUCAGAAAACUGUAACUUUAUACAUGUCAUUAUUCGGAAUAAAAGAGAUUUUUUUGACAAAUGGCAUACUAGAAUUUGACGUUUAGUUGUCAUCCGUGUAAAAGACUCGGAUGGUGUCAGUCUCAACUUUUUGACCCAUCCUGUCAAAGUUAGGACAAGAACAAUGGGGCAUUCAGCGAGGUGUUUCGAUGGGGUGACAUCACAUUGAGUCUAGUACAUACAUGGAUCACUUA